AUGUUACGAAUACAUCACUUUGUCGAUCGAUUAUCGGUGGAUUCACCACAGUCGCCUCAAUCUUAUCAAGCUACCCUUUCGGAACUUAAAUCCCACCUUGAAACCACUCCAGUUUACUUUGACCUAGAUACCAUAGAAGCAAUCUCUCAGCAUGCUAAUCCAUAUCUUUCGUGGUGUUCGAGUGAGGGAGCAGCCUUGGUGAUGGAGAUCGUUGAUUCAAGCUGUUCUGGAAAAAAUAUAGAUGAUUUUGUUGAAGAAAAAGUUGUUCCAAGAAUGCAGACAUUACCAUCCUCUCAGAAAACCACUUCUGCUGGAUACGCAGCCAAACGAACUUUGGGUGGUUUAAAGCCCAGAUUAGGGUUUACUCAAUCGGAACAGGAGCUCUCCAUUCCAGAAACUACUUAUUCGAUGAUUUAUUUUUGCAUUUCUUGUCAGCAUAAGGGAACUUGGUACUCCUCCCGGUGGUCUCUUGUCACUUCUUUUAUUCUCAAGGUAUUGGACGAUCCUUCUGCCGUCAUAAAGAUUCAAGGAUGUCGUCUUCUUGACCACUUUUUGCUGUUUCCGCAAGCCACUAGUCUCUUGGACCGUACUGGACUUCGAGACUUGUUUUCAGAUUCCACCAAAGUUUGCCUUAGUUAUCUUCCUGGAAUGACGCCCUUGGAUCAAAGUCUCCCCUUGCUAGAUAUCGCUUAUGUGGUGAUGUUCAAACUUGAAGGAAAAAACGUUCAUAAAAUGUUGGACAUGCUAUCAGGAAUAUUGCGAGCAAUUCUCUCCAAAAUCAAUGAGCCCGAGAUUCAAAACUCACAAUAUAAGCUCCCGAUAUUGCUCUUACAAAAGCUAAAAAAAUGCCUUGGUACCCUUGAGCAUAGAUUUGUUGCAUCGCUCUCCAGAGUCAACUAUACGCUCAACCAAGUCAUAGUCAACCCAGGAGCCACCGAGCAUGAAAUGGGAACUUUCAUGGUUACAGAAGCUGUCAAGGUCCAGUUAUUCAUGAUUUCCACUGCAGAAAGUUACGGAAAUGAAUAUUUAAAGCUUGUCACUUCAUACAAACUCGAUAUGUUGGGCGCAUGGGCUGUUGCUCUCAAACGAUUCGAUGAUGAAAAUCUACGGAAAGUCAUUCAAGAAGGCUACCGCAGGCUUAAGCAAUCUGAUGAUCAAGAUGAACAACUACAAAUGGCCAUUUCUGCAAUUUCAACCAACUUUAAUGUAGCAUUUACAUAG